AUGCCGGCUUUCCAGCGGACGUUCAACCUCAUUCCCGCAAACCCCAGCAAUGUCACGGCGAAACCUCCUAUGACCAGCAAAGCUGCGAAGAAAGCAUACUUGAAAGCCAACCGUGGACCACGAGUGUCGCGCGCCGAGCAGCGGCGUCUUGAAAAGGAGGAGCUAGAGCAGCAGAAAAGAGAGUACGAGAAGGAGCGCAAUGCUGCGAGAGCGAAGCUUGCAAGGGAGAAAAAGGCUGCAAAACUUGCCGAGGAGAAGGAGGAGAGGAGGAAGUUAGGAAUACCGGAGCCAAAUCGCUUUGUGAGAGCAAGCCAACCGACGAUUUCGAUGUUUGCGAGGCAAGCAGGGAAGCGAACAUGGCAGCAGAUUGAGAUGGACAGCCUAGCUGAGGAGUCGGAGGAUACAUUAGGGGAAGAAUUGCUACCACCUAUGGAAAAAUCAGUCGAUCAGCCGCCGGCAAAACGAGUUGCUGUAGAGCAGGACUCUGAAGAUGAAUUUGGUUGUUUUCCAUCGAUGUCCCAGGCUGGAGAUCUGCUUGAGAUAAUCAAUAGCUCUAACGCUUCGAUACCGAAAAGGAAUACCAUUUCUAAGCCUUCCUCGAGCUUGGUAGAUCAUGCUUCCCAAGGGUCUUGGGCGGUCCCAGCCAUACAAGAACCUGCCCUACUCAGGGACGAAGAUGAGAUCGUAAAUGCUAUAGAUAUCAAAUCACGGCACGAUCCUCUUGAUUCGCUACGAAGAAAAAGAGGUCCUCUUAUACAGAAACCAUCUAUGGGACCGAAGAAGUCACAAGAAUUACCGAAACGCAAUGCUAAGCAGCUUUUUGAUGAGAAUCUUAUCUCUUCUCAGGAACUCCUUGAAUUGGUGACUACUCAGGUGCAUUCGGAAGCUGCUGAAGCAGAAGCUAAAUGCGACCCUGUGACCGGCACACCAGUCUUACAACAUCCGCCUGAAUUUGUGGUCACAGAAAAAAGCAUCAGCCCAAAAGACAAUGGCCAAGGUACUGGCAGCACAAUAUUGGCUAGAAGUCAGGCGCGUGGUACGCCUGAUAAGGCUAGUCUACCUCUAAAGCAUACGGUUCAAAAAUCCCCAGUCAUCUCUCCACGAUCGAGACCUAUGCAGACACCAUCUCCGACGUCAAGAUUACCUGUCGAUACAGCCGUUUGCUCAAAGCAGGCAGUCACAAAGCCUGUCACGAAACAGCCAGUUAAAAGCAUGCCACCACCCCCCGUACCUGCGAAGAGUCGAAAGCCAAUAUACCUACCAAAUCCUAGUAGCUUAAGGCUGACACAUCUGCGUAAUUUGGGUAAGAAGAAUGAUCGACAAGCUGAAAUCCUACCACCAACCGCGACCCAGCUAUUCUUGGAGAACAAUCUCGACGACUUUUUUCCUAGUCCUAGUCAAGAGGCUAGAGAAUUACUAGAUGAUAUUGAGGACUUUCCAUCUAACACGCAAAUCGCAAAAGAGAUAAGCCCUAUUCGAUCAGCGCUGUGUUUUAAACCGAGCCUCGAGCCUAUCGAUGACUCGUUCGCAGACCUGUUCUCCACUCAAGAUUUCGCGUCUUCGCAAGAGUUGCUUGAAAUUACUACACCCAGCCGCCCGCCGCCUGCAAGAUCAAUGAGUAAAAGAUCUUUUGUUACUUCUACCUCAGCUAGACAUAGUGCAGUAACGCGAAGUCGUCUGCCACUGCAGUCUAGUAGUGGUAAUGCCGGACACCCAGGAUUCACAAAUAACACUUCGCAGUCCAGAGGCCGUCAUCAUAAUUCUUCAGCGUCCAAAGCCUCAUCUCGGGCCACAGAGAAUACUCCACGAUCUCUGCAAAUAGUUUACGCUCCUAAGCCCGACGUUCCCUCGCCUCGUCCGAAGACGAUAGAGUAUAAACAUCAAAAGGACGUAAUGGUACUGCAUAAGCCACCUCCGGUACCACCAAAGAUUCCCUUGGACCCCAAACAUAAAAGGCGUUUUUUCCAGGAAAAAGAGGAAGAUUUAGUUCAAGCUGCGAUCUAUGAAAGCAAAAAAGUAGAGUGCAACAGAAAGGCGCAAGAAAAGGUGCGAGAGGCACAACAAGAAGUAAAACGAGCAGCACCAGCAGUUACUACGAGGAGUGGACGAACUCUGCAGCGAGUACAGAGCAACGUAACAGAUUACGAUGACGAUGAUUUUAUUAGUUCACAAGAUUUAUUGGCUUUAUGUUAG